AUGUUCACAACACUACUGUUUCUAGUCAAUCUACAUGAUUGUGAGGUACUUAACUAACCUUUUUUUAUCUUUACUUAUGUUCUUUGCUAAAACAACUAGUAAAAUUAACAUAUGUGUACUAAACUCUCUUGUCAUCAAGUAUCAUGUGUUAAUUUACUAUGUUGUUAUCUCAACCCUGAACCCAAACUAAACACAGAAAAAGACAUAUAAAGUGUUAAUCACCUUGUUUUAGCCUCCUCAACAGCCACAAACCAACGCAUAUGGUCGCGACAACGUGGGUCUGAAUCCAUAUGCUCGUGAGCCUCCCAGAUACCAUCAGAAUGUAUACAAACCUCCACCAACUCCAGUAUAUCAACCAUCUCGUAACACUGUAAAGUACCCUACUUCAGGUCAUAGAUAUACAGAAUCUACAGUAUCUAAAUAUACAGUAGCCCCAACAAAAGAUAAAAAUACAGUACCUUCAGCGACGACUAAAGUUACAGUAUCCACAACAGCUGAAACUAUUCAGAGUUUUAAAACGACAAAAACUACAGAAAAACAAAAGGAUUCAGAAGAGUACAGUACACUAGAAGCAGAUGUCUCGGAUUCAGAUGAAUUCGAUAACUAUGUUAUAUCAGGGCCAGAUAUAACACUAAAUCCGAAGGAUCCAGCAGUUUCUGAUUAUAUUAAUCCAACGAGUAUUAACGUAGAGAUAUCUGAAUGCAAGCCUGAUAAGAUUGUCAUCAAGGAGUUACUGGCUGAAUAUAAUGCUCAUCAAACGCCUUCGGAGACAGGUGUGGAGGUUUUCAUUGAAGUAGGUUUUCUUAGUGUUCAGUUAUUUAAACCUUUACAUUACCCCAGAAACAUCGUGUGCUUGGCCUUUUAUCAAUAGUAUUAUACAAUAUGACUUGUGCGAACCUUGUCAUACCAAAAUUAUAGCUUUCUUACCUAAUGUUAUAUUUUUUACCACUUUUUUCAAUUUGUUUAGUAAAACGUCAAUUUUCUUCUUUUUAAUUAUGCUUUGAGCUGGUUCAAUAACCAUUAGUCAUUGUGGCUAUAUCAUGUUUCGGCUAAAUAUCUUAUGAGAAAGUUAAGUGCCAAAGUGAUUAAUUUGAUCACUACUAAUUGGCCAUUAACCACUAAAACAAAGAAGAACAUAACUAUAUUUUUUAAAACUAUACCUAUAUUUUUAGUUUUUUAAUAAAACCAAGCACUUCCUGGCCUUGUUUCUUCAAACUUUUUGACCAAAAAUGUUCUCUGAUGUUUGUUCUAUAUAAAUAUAAAAAUUAUAUGUCAUCACUAAUGUAUAUCUUAAUUAUUUAGGUAUGGAUGCAAGAAAUCAACGCUCUAAACGAAAGAACGGCCGACUUCGAUGCCGAACUUUACGUAUCCGAGAUCUGGACCGACCACGCUCUCAGAUACGACCAUAUGCGACCAUGUCGCACCAAUCUCAGCGUCAGCUACGAAGUAUUGGACAAGAUCUGGAAGCCAAAUACCGUAUUCAUAAACAGUAAAUCCGCCCACAUCCACAAGAGUCCCUUCCCCAACAUAUUCAUCAUGAUCUACAGCAAUGGCUCGGUCUGGGUGAAUGAACGUAUCCAGGUGAAGGGACCGUGCGACAUGGAAUUCAGCUCGUUCCCACUAGAUCGCCAGACUUGUCAGCUGACCUUGGAGAGCUUCAACUACAACAACCAGGAAGUGGACAUGAAAUGGCUGAGUAUACGACCGCCGUUAAUACUCCUCAAAGAGCCCAUUAUACUGCCAGACUUUGUGCUCAGUAAUUACAGCACUUACUUGACCAAAGUGGUACGUUAAAGGUCUUUUAGUGAUGUGGUUGUUCUUGAUCGUAAAACAUUUCAAAUCGAUUUUUAUAGAAAGAAAACAUUAAAAAUCUUCAUAUAAUGUCAUGAUGAUGUACAAACGAACAGACAAUUUACAUAAAAACGUACCUAAAUAUAAUAAAAUGAAGGAUUUAUAAUACCAUAUUUUAGGAAUACCCCGCCGGAAUCUGGAAUGAACUAACAAUGACAUUUACUUUCGACCGUAGGUUUGGAUGGUACGCUUUACAAGCCUACUUUCCCACCUACAUGACAAUCUUCAUCUCAUGGAUCAGCUUUUGCCUUGGUGCUAAAAUGAUACCAGCUAGGACGAUGCUGGGUGUUAAUAGGUAUGAAAUCCUGUAAUUUAUGUAACUUUUUAUACCUUAUUUUAUUUUAGCUUUCAUAUAGAUUAAUGUUACAUAGUACAUCUACUUCUAAAGCUUCAAAAGCUAACAUUUCAACAGUAUGCUACAAGUAUUAUACCGUCCCCCGGGAAUAGGUCACCCGGAUACCCAUAGGUUAUAUACACCAAUAUUUUCAGUCUGCUCGCCCUAACCUUCCAAUUCGGCAACAUAAUGCGGAACCUUCCUAGAGUCAGCUAUGUGAAAGCCCUGGACGUGUGGAUGUUAGUAUGUCUGUUCUUUGUGUUCGCUAGUCUCCUCGAGUUAGCCAUUGUUGGAUCAAUAGCAAAUAGGCGAGAGAAAGCUCAGAACAAAUCGAAAUCACGAUCAUCUAGCCCUAAACUAACGUUAUCUGAAAAGUCUGAGCCAGAAGUCACUAAUGCAGUGUCACAGACUAGUCCUAGAAGGCCGCAGUCUUAUGCUCCACUCGAGUUUAGUGGUAGGUUUGUGUUUGUAAAGCGGUACUAUAAUAAACGUUUCUUACAGAAGAGCCAUCGUAUCGACCAAGCGACUUCAGUCCUAGUAAACCGCGGUAA